AUGUCAUACGUGGGAUUUACACGAUUCACGGGCAACCCGGACCGUUGUGAGCCGGUCGAAAAAGUCAUGGCUGCUGAAAUAGCAGACUUCAACUCCUUCAAGCGCCUCUUGCAUGAGUACUACGAAGCUGCCGAGGUUGAAUAUGACCUCCAUGUUCACUACGGGAACAAGCUUCCCUGCAGCGGAGCCAGCGAAAUGUCGCCACGACUUUGGAACGCUCUCGCAAGUACUCGUAGCGCAUCACCGUCAAAGUCAGAUUUCCCAGUCUACUUCAUAUGCUUCGCCAAAAAAGGCCAGUCGCAGUCGAACUCGAAGGCAAUCUCCAGCAACAGUGACAAAUCGACCAUCCAAGAGGCACGAUCGAACGGCUUGCCGAAUCGACAAUGCGAUACGCCAACACCAAGUCCGCCGGUUCACGAUCACAUCUUUGUGCACCCAUCGCCUAGCGUAACCUACACCACGCCUGUCCGUAGUCAAACAAUGACAGUCUCGCCCUCCAAGGAGACGCCCAGCCGUAAAAGGCAGAGACAGGACCAAGAGGCACAAGAGCGCCCCGCCAAAUCCUCUCGACCGGCUCCAGGUCUGCUGCCACAGGCGCUUGAGAACAAGUUGACUGGCUUGACCGAUACCUCUGAGAAAUGCGGCCGCGUCGUUGUCGGUGUGGACAACGAUUCGACCUGCGCUGUGUGGGCGGCCAGGAACUCGUUGGGCAGAAUCUAUCUUCGCAAAUCCGCCUUUGACAUCGAAGGCGAACCGCUUUCUGACCAUGAAGGUGGCAAGAGACAGAAGAUUGAAGACACUGACUUCCUCCCGGUCAGCGGAAACUCCACGGAUUCUUCUUGGGACGCCAUCAAAACUUGGAUUGACGGUCGUCUGGACGCAUUGGAGAUUGCAUCUCCGAGAGUUCAGUCCGCGCGUGCGCAGUCGACAGGGCCGUCGGUUGGUGCCCCCUCGGCCUCUGAACGAGCUAGAGUGCUUAAGCGGGGCAGCACUGCGUCGCCUUCCGUAAACCGCCGUAGCCUGCAAGUUCAUCCCGGUCGUUCAUCUCCGUUGCAGCGGAUGUGUUCUGGGCCUACGCGCGCUUCAUCCUGCUCGGAGCAAUGUUCUGAUCCAGGCGAGAGUGAUGCUGAGUCUACAGGUCAAAUCCCACCAGAUGUCAACAUUCGGUUCACUUUCAAAUCGGGUUCAUCCGUCCUUCUUGCGCCAGCAAGCACGGUCUUACCCAGAACCGUCACCGUGCAGAAGAUGUUGAAGAAGGCCAGGGAAUUUGUCAGAGAGGGCACUUCGCUCCAGUUCCCAGAUCUGGAGCAUGCCAUUGUUGGCGGCAUUUCGGUUUACGAGGCCGACAAAAGGCAGCCUUUGGAAAACUAUAUUCCACAUGGGAUCGAGGCAGUGCUUCACGUUGAGACGGGCUGGAAGAAUAUGCAAUCGAGCUGA